GAAAGAGAGAAAGGGGUUUGUAUUUGUACGGAACGUAACAAAAAAAAAAAAAAGUGGUAUCACAACUCAACAAGACAACGAGUCAAGAAGAAGAGCUAUUUCGUUUUCUUCUUGCUUUUGGGUUUUGGGAAACUAGGGCUACCUUCUUAUUUCUCUAAAGGGUUCUCAUAAAGAUUUCAUUUUGAUCUUUUUUUUGAAAGAGAGACACAAAAAUGUUGAAUGGGGCUACACCACCACCUUCUCUUCCUAUUACCAACUUCAACUUCAGCACCGAAAGGAUUCAAAUGUGCUUAGAGGAGAAUAAAGAGUUGAUUCUAGCUAUAAUGGAGAAUCAAAAUCAGGGAAAAUUCAACGAAUGUGCCCCGUAUCGAGCUAAACUUCAAAACAACUUGAUGUUUCUAAGCAAUCUUGCUGAUACACUAACCAAACAACCAGAUGUGGUGUCUCCUCCUCAACCCCAAAUGCAAGCUCAGUCAACAAUGCAACAAUUGCAGCAUCAUCCUCAAGCAGCAAUGUCUCAACAACAGCAACAUCAGCAACAGCAGCAUCAGCAGCAGCAGCAGGCGCUUUUCCUCCAUCAACAGCAGUUCAACCAAGCUCAAAAGGCCAUGCAAAUGGGAGCAGGAAUGGGAAACAGUCAAGAGAGCUUAGGAGCUGGUCACGCCGGGAAUUAUAUAGGGAAACCGGGUUUUGGAAAUGAUGGCACCAGUAAUUUUCUAGGGAAGUCUUUCGGGUACAAUCACGGUGGAGAAUGAGUCGGUGUAGGAGAGUUUUUCACUAUAAAAUGUCAAAUUAAAAACACCAUGACAUACACAGUUUAUACUAUAGUUUCAACAACUACUCUUAUCUUCAUUCUUGUAAGGAGGAUCACAUUUGACUUGAAUUGAUAAGUAGUCAACUAAUUGGUUUGAAUUUUUUAUUUUUAUUUAAAAAAAAAAAUCUGAAGAUUGUGAUUUUUUUGUAUUUUUCCUUCUUUCUCAAGCUUGUUGAGAUCACCAAAUUAACAAUUUAUUCAAAGUAUUUUUACUAUUGAACUUGACAUAUUCUCUUUGUACCAUUUUCCCUCAAAAUAUUGGUUUCUCAAUAUUAUUAAAAUAUAAUAUUUUUUUUGUUCUCUCUUGUGAAAAAAAAAGAAAAGAUUAAUAAAAGUGCUAUGGAGAGUUCAUUAUUCUACAUUUUCUAUUUUAAAAUUAAUUUUAUUCUUAAUUAUCAUAUGAAUUCAUUUGUGAUCUAUUAUUGUUUUUAUUCUUUUUUCAUUUUUCAUUUGUUGUGUGUUUUGUUGUCAAUUAUAUGGUGAUACCAUUUCUAAUCAUAACUAGGUAUAGCUUGAACGUGUAAAAGCUCUUUUGAUUUUCUAUGAUUACGUUAGGAUAAAAUUGAUAACUAAAAUUCAUGUACAAUACCAUAAAUAAUGUAGGCUAACUUUUACAUUUUGUUCCUAAAAUAUCUCUCUCAUAACAUAACAUCACUUUUGUUCUCUUAUUUCUAUUUUCUCACCACCACAACUCCACCAUCUCCCCCAACCUUUCAUUCUCUUUACUAAAUAUCACUAAAAUCUUGCUCAAAAGUGAAAAUUUUUGUUGCACCAAGCACGAAUUGGAGGUGGAAUGAAGUAGACGCUAAGCUGAGGGUAAUCAUAGGAAACAUCUACAGGAAUCUAUGGAUAAUUAGUGUUUUUUGUUUCUUUUUGUUGUUGGUUGUUAUAUAUAUUUUAGAAUGUUGUUUAAAUAUUUGAUCUGUGAGAUGUUGGUGUUUUUUUACUGAAUUGGUUGUGGAAAUUGUUGUUCUUGGAAAAUUCUACGAUUUUAUGGUUUUUGGGUUUUUUUUGUUAAGUCCAAUGAUGCCCAAUAUAAGUACAAUAGGGGUCCGACAGUGUGUUCAGUUCAAAGGUUAGGGGUAAUGUCUUGAUGGUGCCUGAUAUAGGUAUGAUAGGGGAUCUGAUAGUUUGUUUAGUUUAGUGGUUAAGGUUAUGUGUCUGAUAUAAACCAAUGGUUUGUCUGAUGUAGGUAUGAUGGGUUAUUGUUUUAUAUAUAAUUAUUUGAGUAUGAUUACAGCCCAAUUGUGUU